AUGUCGAACUCGGAGCCAAGGAUAGAAACAUUUGUUGCAAAUGACAGUACUCCACUUUUAUCGGCCACACCUGAUGAAGAAGAGGCCGACAGGAUUAUUUACGAUGGUCUAAGGAGGGUUUCGGGUUCCUUCCCACUUUCAGUGUGGCUUAUUGCGACUAUCGAGCUUUGCGAAAGAUUUGCCUACUUUGGAAUUCUUGGCCCGCUGCAAAACUAUAUCCAGAAUUCCGGGAACGAUCCUCCGCAACCUGGUGGAAUCGGUAUGCAACGCUUCGGCCAGCUGUUUACGAUUGCUUAUGCUACGACGAUAAAUCAAAUGUUCAUGCUUUGGUGUUUCAUUACUCCAAUAAUGGGCGCUAUAGUCGCAGAACAGAACUUUGGACGAGUGAGGACUAUAGUAUACUCUUCUGCGAUUUAUAGCUGCGGAUUGGCAACCCUAUUUCUAUCCUCAUUACCCGUUGCUAGAGAUAUUGGUGUGCCAUUUCUGGGGCUGUCUGUGUCUUUAUUUCUGAUUGGCAUCGGCGCCGGCGGUAUUAAGACGAACGUUAGCUCCUUGAUUGCAGAACAAUACACUGGCCCCCAAGAACGCAUUCUCGUGCUUGACUCAGGGGAAAAAGUCGUUAUCGACAGAGAUCUGACUCUUCAAAGGAUAUUCACAAUGUUCUUCUUAUAUAUUAAUGUGGGUUCUCUUGCCUCCCUCGCCUCUACGACAAUAGAACAGAAGUACGGCUUCUCUGUUGCGUUUGCCCUACCAACAAUAGUGUUCCUUAUUGGGCUCAUAAUUCUGCUGACAAGCAAAGAUCAAUAUGUUAGCCACGCGCCUGACAAUUCUUUAAUAACCAAAGCAUGUCGAGUGAUCUGGAUUGCUGUUAAAAACAAAUGCAGCCUUGAACAUGCACGACUGACCCAUCAAGCGGAGGAAGGUUCAACAGAAAUGCCUCCGUGGGAUGACCUUUUCAUCGACGACUUAGGAUGUGCAUUAUCUGCUUGCAAAGUUUUUCUACUCUAUCCCUUUUACUGGGCUGCCUACUCUCAGCUUUUAACAAACUUCAUUUCUCAAGCUGCCACUAUGGAGACGCACGGCCUUCCGAAUGAUGCGAUGACAAGCAUAGAUCCUCUCGUUACCCUCAUUCUAUUACCUAUCCUUGAUCGGUUUAUAUUUCCUCUACUUCGAAGCCUUGGAGCAUCUGUUCGCCAUAUUGAUAGAAUGGCACUGGGGUUUUUAUUCUGCGGCAUAUCCAUGUUAUAUGCUGCCUUUAUCCAACGAUCUAUCUACGCAGCACCGCCUUGCUAUGACCACCCGCGAUCAAAAGACUGUAUGGGUGGGAAGUUCCCUAAUCAGGUCUCUGUAUUCCUUCAAAUUCCUGCUUAUGUAUUGGUCGCCCUUUCAGAGAUCCUUGCAUCUGUGGCAGGUAUUGAAUACGCAUAUACAAAGGCACCGAAGUCGAUGAAAUCAUUGGUAAUGGCCGUGUAUCUAUCAACUGUGUCAGCUGGGGCAUUGGUAGCUAUGACAGUUUCACCAUUGACGGUGGAUCCGAGAUUGACUUGGAUGUAUGUCACGCUUGGGAUAGAAACUCUGGUGGCUGGUGCCGUCCUUUGGGUUGCUGCGAUGCGGAUGUGGUUUGAAAAAAGAAAGCGAUAG